GUGGCGAGUCGGGAUACAGUUUUACGAGUUCCUCUCGUCAAUACACAUCAGUUUCCUAGAAUGGAACGGAACCAAGGAUUGAAUUCCGUAUCGUAUUAUUUGGAAAAUAUUAUGAGUGUGAUAUGAGUGUGAUAGACGGAGUGUAAGGAAACUCGACGGGAAGCUUGAGAAAACUUACGGAUAGUUGUUUUAUGUGGUUUCGAUCGCAAUAGGAUAGGAUAGUAUGUGCGUAUCCCGGAUGAAAAAAGUUACGUGUGUGGAUUGAGCAAUAGUUACCUAUAUCGAUUUCAUACCCUGUAUUGUUUUAGAGAGUUGCUUUGCGUUGUGUGCAUUUUUUGAUGUUUUUUAUAUAUUUUUUUAAUCCGCAAAAGUGAUAAUCGUUUUUACAAUGGAUACGUUUUAAUAAAUAUUUGAGUUAAUGAGAAAAGGUAAUGAGUUUUUCAUGUGUGCAAUAAUGACCCUCUUUCCAUAAAAAUGAACUAAGUGACUAUGAUGGAAGAGGAAAGCGUCGAUACAACAGCAAGUCCUGAUGGGACCAGACCCGAUGAUGCGACUGAAUCAACCGAAACUGUCGCGAAGGCUGCUGCCCCCGUGGAUAUUGAUCGAAAGGAUGUGAAAAGACGUGAAAAAUCGAGGGGUAGAUUUAGACGAAAGAGGCAUUCCAAAACGCAGUCAGUCCCUGAUCUUGAUACAAAACUAAGACAAGACGGCACUGCACAGUUCUUGGAAAGCAAAAAGGCUGGAAAUGAUGGAAAAUAUAAUUCAAUGCCGAGGAAAUCGCGUUCGCGGAGUGGAUCUGCCAAUCGAUUUUCUGGGUUGUUCAAACGGAAAAGUAGAUCAGCUAGUGAGGGACGAAGUAGAUCCGAGACCGAUAUAGUCGGAAAUUUAGAACAUGAAGCUACAAAUAAAGUGGAAACGAAUGACGACGGCAACGAAGAAAAAGAAAUAAAAAACAAUUAUGAAGAAUACGUUUCUUAUGUACGAUAUUCCCCAACUAAACAACCGAGGAAUCGUUUAAAACGAAUGACAGUGCGGGAUGCCGUUGUGGAGAGGCGACUUCGAAAUACUUUGUUUGUGCUUAACCAGAAGAGUAACGAAGAGGGGAAUACACUUUCCAACUCCCUUCCCGAUGUGAGUAACAUUGACUCGAACGAUAGUAGUUUGUUAAUUCAAGCAGUCGGAGACGAUACUGACGAUACAUUUAAUAAAAAGAGUGUGACUUUACCGAGGGACAAAAAACAUAAAAUUCGCAAAAAUAUAGAUACUUCCAAAAGUGUCUUUGAUGACAGAACUUUACUGAUUCAUUGUGAUAUUAAUGGCAAUGGGGCUGGUUCGUCUCCGGAGACCGUGUCUUCACCUAGCAGGGUUGAAAUUCGAAAUGUUACGGGCACUAAGGAGUCUUCUAAAGAAUCUGAAACUAAGUGUGACUCGGACAAUGAUUCUGACGAAUUCUUUGAGUGUAGCGACUCUAUCGCUAGUCCAGCAGUGGACGAUAAAAUUGAAAGAUCAGAAGCUCAAAAUUCAUACCGAUCUAGCUUGUCAACACAGGACGUGGAAUCCGAAACGAAUGCCAAAGCUGUCGCUGAUAUUGUUUACAAAUCAUCAAACGAGAACAUUCAAAAACUCAGAGAAGAAUCUCGAUCUUUGUUUCUAGAACUAAGUCGAAACAUUUCAGCACGCAAAGAUAGCCUAGUCACCAGUCGUGAUGCAUCGCCGCAUGCCAGAUUAACCGAUAAACGGAAAUAUAGCAAUGUGGCAAGUCUGUCACAAGAUGAGAAGAGGGGUUCAUUAAUUGGCCAUAAAGAACCCAUUACAAAACACUUGCUGCCUGACAUAUCAGUUCAAAAUAAAGAUCCAUCGCUCCUUACUAAAGAUACUACCAAGUCAAAGCCAGGUGAAAAAACCGUUAGAUAUGCUGAUCAAAUACCUGACGAGUCUCCCGAUGUCAAAGACCCCGAAAAGAAAACAAAUUCCGGGGAACCAAGAACAACUGAUUCCCUGUCUUCAAAUUGUUCAGAUACAUUUGGGAAUUUCACGUUGAUAUAUCAACCUGUUUUAGCGGGUUACAAAAUGUCCCCGGGUAUAAAAGCUGUUGAUAUCAAGCCAAAAAAAGGCAAAAAGAAGAAAGCAGGAAAGGGAAAACAAAGUAAAGAUGAAGCCCUACCAGAGGUAGCACCCGAUCUAAAACCCGCUACCAUUGAAAAUGAAGAUGACAGAAAUAUGAAUCCGGAAUUAAAAGACAAUAACACAGAAGUCGGAAAUAUCCAAAAUGAAACCAUGAGCUCUAACGAAGUUAAUGUAAAAGGCCAUGACGAAAGCGACUUUCAAGCAGCCCCAGAUCUGAAUAACCUUACUAUAGAACAGGGACCAAAUGCAAAACGGUCAUCUGAUUCACACGAGUCGGUAAUUGAUGAACGGAUCGACAAUGAGACACCCGAAAAUAGUACUAACAUGACUCUAGACACCAAAUCCUUGGUGGAUAAAAAUAUUGAAACAAACAUGACACCCGAUCUUGUUUCAGCGUCCUCACCAAUACCAGUAGAAGCCAAUCCUCCACCACAACCGUUAAUAGACAGGGAAAACCUUUUGAAUAUUCCAAAACCCCGCACGGACAGAUCACUGAGUGACGGAAUCGUGGAUUAUAGCAACGGUGAACGAAAAUCCCCAAGAACCUUUCAAAGAAGUUCUUCAGCAAAAAGUCCACCCCCAACGUCAGCCGAGUAUCAAGUUUCGGAAAGCGAACAUAAAAAUGUGCCAAUCAUGGGUACAAGUUUAUCUAGGAAAUACCGCAGAACAUUUUCCCCGCAAAGGGGAAACACCGACUUUCUCCAGUUACCAAAAGGCAUAACAUUAUUAGACCCAUCCACGUCUCCUAAUGUCUCUUCGAUGAAUCGUGAGAGUCUUUCUGAAAUAAAUAAAUCGAAAUCUAGUUCUCCAGACGAAGGGAUUAGUUUGCAUGGUGAUGAUGACGGUGAUAUCAGUAUGGUUACUGGGGUAGUGCAUAGAGGGGUUACUGAUCAAGAUAACCAAUUUUCUACCCAGAAGAAAGCGAAGAUAGGACGCACAUUUCGUACAUCGGAGGAAAUGGGGGGACAGAAAUCACCAGACACUAAGACUGUAGACGAAAAACAAUCUGCAAAAAUACAGAAGAGUCCUGAAAACGUUUCUGAUGAUCGAUUUGUGGAGAUUAGCACCCAGACUAACGAAGAUGACAUCCGAGCUGCCAUAAAGCUUAUGAUUAAACAAGCAAAAGAGCAGAAAAAGCGAGAAAAGGCUUUUGCCAAACGGAAAAAGGAUUUCGUUUCUAUAGUCGACGAGCCUAAACGGGAAAGAGAACAACAACAGCAAAGUGUAGAUCCAGAAUCGUCUAAUGCCAAAGAGGCUAUUUUCGAGGUUAAAACAGCUUUACCAACUCCAGAAAUACGAGUGGCCGAUGAUGAUAAUAUAACAGUAUCGCCAUCACUAUCUGCAAUAGAAUCUCCGGUAUGUCCAACUGGAGAAACACCAGUUGCACAUGACGUAAUAGAUACAGAAGAAAUUCCAAAAGAGACAAAGGACGUAAAAGGGGGUAAAGGUUCUAAUAAAAAGAAAAAGGUUAAGCAUAAGUCUAUACUGAAAAACCGUUUCUCGAAAAAAUAUAAAAAGAAGAAAAAGAGUACAGAUAGUAAGGAAGUCCAAGAGGAAAAAUACGUAGAUGCUCCAACUACAAAGCUGGAAGAUGAUACAUUUAUUUUUAUUGAAAAUGAAAUUAAUCUGAGUAAACUUGCUGAAAUUAAAGAAACUGACAUCUUGGAUGAUGACAUAAUAGAGCCGGAUGAAAGUAUUCAAAUACCCACAAAACAUUUAAGGUUUGACACCAUUAAUAUACAGCCUAUACAAGGAGAAGAACCCCUUCCACCCCUUUCCCAAUCUGGGCGCUUAUCGCGACGUAGGGAUAGUACUAUGCGAGAAAAGCGAAAGAAAUGUUUGAACGCAUUUAAGACAUUUGUUGCCUUUUUAUUUUCCCAUAUAGGAUUGUGCUCAUUAGUUGUUGGCUAUACUAUUAUGGGGGGCUUCGUGUUUAAGGCCAUCGAAGGGCCGUAUGAACGCUCUAUAAAAACGGGGAUCCGCGAACAACGAGUGAAAUUAAUUGACAAACUCAUUCAACAUGCGUUUGAAUUACAAAUGUCUAAGUCCGGUCGGGACGAUUUUAUGGAAGCUGUGAACAAGGAAUUACUGAAAUUUCAGACUAAAAUUCACAGAGAGACUAAAGAAAAUGGUUGGGAUGGGAAUGAUGCCAAGGAAUUCUCGGAUAUGCAAUGGUCUUUUGCUAGUGCUUUGUUAUACGCCAUUACAGUUAUGACGACAAUAGGAUACGGCCACGUUGCUCCGAAAACACCGGAAGGGAGAAUAGUUACUAUUGGUUACGCAGUGUUAGGUAUUCCAUUGACGUUAUUAUGUUUAACGAAUAUCGGUGACGUCAUGGCCACCGGGUUUAGACUACUUUAUGGCAAAGUGUGUUGUGGUGUGUGUUGUAAACUGUUUAGUCCAAAACGGCGGAGGAUUCCGGAUCCGGAGAAAGGAUUAUCUCGUGUGGUGGACACGGGCGAGCAAGAAGCCGGGAAACCUAAGGAAGUUAUUCAUGUUCCUACGUCAUUGUGUAUUCUUCUCAUUGCUGGAUAUAUAUUUUCUGGUGCUUUAUUAUUUUCCCUAUGGGAACAGUGGGAUUAUUUAACAGGAUCUUAUUUCUGUUUCAUUACUCUCAGUACUAUCGGAUUCGGGGACAUAGUUCCCGGAACAGACUUACAAGCGUGGGCCGGAGAGGAAAAAUUGGUGCUAUGUGCCUUAUAUUUAGUGUUCGGAUUAUCACUGAUUGCCAUGUGCUUUAAUUUAGUACAAGAAGACGUUAAGAAUAAAUGCCGGUGGUUAGGUAUGAAAAUGGGAAUAAUCGAUAAACCGGAAGCCGGAGUAUUAGAAUAGUGACUCAUUGUGUCCUCUGCACAUCAUGAUAAUAAUAUGUGCCGUUUUGUAAUCCUAUGACCAAUCAAAAUCUAGAUGACGUAUUCACUUAAUAAAAUGAAAUUUAUUUUGAAAAUUCAUUGUAUUAAAGACUAAUGAACAUCAACGAACUUGCACAUAAACAAUUAAGAAGUUUAGCAUUUCAAUUCAUUACACACAAUUCAUUACAAAGCACGGUUAGAUUCAAAGCAUCCACAAUUUCACAAUAAGGAGUGAACAUGUUUUAUAUAUAUAUAUGAAAUAUAUCUUAGUUUAUCUAUUCUUAUUUGUAUGUGUGAAAGGAUUUUUUUUUUAUACACAAAAAAUAAAAAAUGCUGUGUGUUGGUGAACAUAGUGAAUUAUAAAGAUGGAUAUCUAUUUCUCAUUUGUAAUGUAAACAUAGUUAUUACAUACAGGGAUAUCUCUGUUUCUCAAGCGUAAUGUGCCUUAUUUAAUAUCGAUUAACAUGUCCAUUGUUAUUGUUAUUUAAGUCAUUAAUUUAUAUAUUAGUUUCAUAAUUGUAUAUAUAAUACAAAUAAACCCGAUCAUUGUUUUAUUUAAUUUAAGAUAAUUUUAAUAUUCGUUUCGUUUGUUUUGAUCCCGAUCGCGUUAAUUCCAGAAUUUGUGCAUUUCCUGAAGCCAAGUAUCAUUAUUGCACGAUGUUGUUUUUACAUUUGCAAUAUAUUUAUGUUGUUCACAUUAUUGUUUAUUGUUCUAUUAUUACUACCGAUCAACAACUAUGAUGGUACAUGCCAAGGGAAAGGUGUUUCGCAUUGUCAAAAACCUAAACAGUAAAUAUCAGACGGGAACUGGGGGUGGACAUAACCCUGCGUUAGAACAAGAUGAUAUUUUACUGAUGGAAAUGUCAUCCAGCUUAUCGGUGAGAGUGUCAAGACGUUAUGGUUUAGUUAGAAUUCUUUUAUUCUAAAGAAGUUCACUAAACUUUCAUGCAUAAGUUAUAUAAGGCAAAAAAACCCAAAAAAAAACGGUGGGUUCGUUGUUCCCCAAUUGCCAAAACGGCCAAUUGUCAAAAAUGAACCUUUUGGAUCGAGAUUUAAGGCUUCGAUGAAAAUAAAUAUUUGUAGACCUACGUCCUGAUUUACGGGAAUGAAAUAAAAUGUAUUCGAUUUGCUUAUUUAAGCAUAUAUUCCUGUCCUAAUCCUAAUAUACACGAAUGUACUACUACUUUAAAAAAGUAAAAAAUUCGUGUUUGAUCCCCCGCCAUUUCCUGUCUGACGGAUGAGCACAAGCCUAUAUAUAUGGAAUUCUAGUGUAGGAGAUUUGCAUAGAAAAUAUGCAACUCAAGAUCACUUCAGGCAGAAGGCAACACAUUUUACGUGAAAAUUUGUGA